ACUCCCCUUCCCUUCCGGUGAAAGAAAAUAUGGCUAAAACGGCUCUUUUCUUCUUCUCAUUUUCCCUUAUAAUUUCUUCAAUUUUCUCUCGUACACUUCCACCAAGCUCAGCAACUAAUGUUCUUGAUGUCACUUCGUCUCUCCAGAAGACACUCGACGUUUUUACCGUAGAUUCUCAAGCUACAAAAUCACUUGAAAAUCAAGAAACUAGCUUUUCUUCCUCAUCAUCUUUGCUGAGUCUGAAGCUGCAUUCCCGUGUGGGACUUCGUAAAGCCGCAGAUAUCGACUACAAGGCACUGACACUAGCUCGACUCGGGCGUGACUCGGCCCGGGUCAACUCGCUCCAAACCCGGCUAGAUCUGGCUGUACAUGGGAUUUCCAAGGCGGAUCUGAAGCCUGUGGAGACCCAAUUGGACGUUGAAGCCAUGGAAGGGCCUGUAAUAUCCGGAACGAGUCAGGGAAGCGGGGAGUACUUCAGCCGAGUCGGAAUCGGUCGCCCACCGAGCCAGGUUUACAUGGUACUCGACUCUGGGAGUGACGUCAACUGGGUCCAGUGUGCCCCUUGCAGCGACUGUUAUCAGCAAGCCGACCCAAUUUUCCAGCCGGCUUCCUCCUCUUCUUUCUCUCGUCUAACGUGCCAAGCUCAACAAUGCAAAUCUCUCGACGUGUCCGAAUGUCGGAAUAACACGUGUCUCUACCAGGUGUCUUACGGAGAUGGGUCCUACACCGUCGGCGAUUUCGUAACGGAGACUAUUACUUUCGGCGGCUCGGCAGCGGUUAACAACAUAGCCAUCGGCUGUGGCCACAAUAACGAAGGCUUAUUUGUCGGCGCUGCAGGAUUAAUCGGCUUAGGCGGCGGCCCGUUGUCUUUUCCUUCCCAAAUCAAAGCGAAGUCGUUUUCGUACUGCCUCGUGGACCGCGAUUCUGACGCCAGUUCCACUCUCGAUUUUGACUCCGUAGUCCCCGCUGACGCCGUUACCGCGCCGUUACUGCAAAAUCCGAAGCUCGAUACCUUUUACUACAUGGACUUGACGGGGAUUAGCGUGGCCGGAGAGUUACUUCCGGUUCCUCCGUCAAAUUUUAAGUUAGCCGACAACGGCGAGGGUGGGGUCAUCAUUGAUUCCGGAACGGCGGUGACGAGGCUUCCAACGGAGGCUUAUAAUGCUCUGCGUGAUGCCUUUGUUAAGGGCACGAAAAACUUGCCGUCAACUAACGGAGUAGCUCUAUUUGACACGUGUUUCGCUUUGGGUUCGAGGAAGAGCGUGGAGGUUCCAACGGUGUCGUUUCAUUUUUCCAACGGGAAGGACCUGUCUUUACCGGCUAAGAAUUACUUGAUCCCGGUGGAUUCAACUGGGACGUUUUGCUUUGCAUUUGCUCCAACGUCGUCUUCGCUUUCCAUCAUCGGAAAUGUGCAGCAGCAAGGGACACGUGUCAGUUACGACAUUGCCCAUUCUCUCAUUGCAUUUUCAUCCAACAAAUGCUGAAAAAUGAAGACUGAAGUUACUGUUUUACAGUUUUUCUAGAUGGGUUUUUUACUGCCUAUUUAAGUUAAUAGAUGGCCCGACCCUGAAUAAUUGUAACACAAUGGGGCUGGGUCCACGCAGUGGCGGUGUCAUGUGUGCUAGAAUUUAUUUUUAUUUAGUGUUGAUUUUUUUUUUUUUGGUAGUGUAUAUCAAAUGAUAUUAACUAUAAUAUAUGAGGGUCUAAAUGACGACUGGCCAGUCACUCUAAGUAUUCAACAUGUUGCAUGCUGACUCAUGUUGCUCUUUGAUGACAAAAUAUGGUUGGGAAAAUGUCAGUUUCAAUUUCUAAA